AUGUCUCCAGUCGCUCUUAAAAACGAAAGCAAACCACAAAUGUCAAGUAGUACAAGGAUACCUACAGUGAAGAAACCAUCUGCACAAAAAGAUUCUGUAACCCUUAAAGCUCCUACAAAUCUUGUUUCCAAUAUCCGCUCAUCCAGUACAUCGAAGGCGAAUGAGACAACGUUAAAGUCGAAGUCAAAUGAUGUCCUGGAUAAUCGUCUUACUCAGUUAAAUGAUUCGGCGAAAGAAUUGCUAUCUUAUUAUCGACAUAAAGUGGAGACAUUAACUGAAGAUCAUGAGGCUGUUCAGCGUCGUUUAGACAAAAUUUAUGACGCUAUAGGUAACCAAGAAACUCUUACUCUGGAAUUAAAUCAACGUGAUGCAGAGAUUUCUGAACUUCAAAGAGCCUUAUCUGAUAUGCAGGUUUAUCUUUUUCAAGAACGUGAACACGUUCUACGUUUGUAUGCUGAAAAUGAUCGUUUGAAAAUUCGUGAACUUGAUGACAGACGUAAAAUACAACAUUUAUUACAGUUAUCUAGUUUGGGACCAAAUGAAGUGACUUAUUUCCUGAGACAACCUGUAAUCGAAUCUCAAGGUAUGCGUCAUGACGCAAUUAAUGAUAUGGUUGGGGAAAAUACUAUCGAAAAUGAAGAAAAUAAAACUAAUAAUAAUGUAACAUGGAUUUCAGCAGUCGCUGUUAAACCAAUCGUUCCAACAGCUCCAUCUCAUGGUGUUAUGGAAUAUACUGCAUCAGGGAAAACAGUUCUAAAAUCGAGUGCUAAUCAAAAUAAAACAAAUCAUACUGCUGGUUUUGAAUCGACACCCCCAUCAAAGUCUGAUUCGGUUUCUCGAAUAGAACAUGAGGCUAUAUUAAGAGAACUUGAAAUGUCAAAGUCUUCCAUACGGGCGUUACAAACUCAGCUAGAAGAGCAAACACGUAAUGCACGUGAACAGAUUGAUUCAUUGAUGGAAGACCGCAAAGCUAUGCAAGAAGAAGCAGACAGCUUACAGAAGAGAAAUGAGGAGAAGGCACGCACAUCAUCAGAACAGCUUAAACGUUGCCAAGAGUUAUUGUAUGACAGUACUAAAGAAUUCUUGGCACAAAGGAAUCAAUUUCGUCAGGCUGAAAAAGUUUGGAUUGCAGAAAAAGACAAACUUUUAAGUCAGAUUAGUACAAAAAAAUCAAAUGCUACUGCUGCUACUGCAUCGACUCUAUCUAACCUGAAAACUGAUGGACGUAAUACCUGUAAUUCACUUGUUGAUAGGAUAAAUGAUAUUCAUGCCAAUUCAACAGAUCUCUUGAAUAAUAUUCAAAACCUAGAAUCUCGUGCAUGGGCUGAAGUAAAUCAACAAAAACAGGUCCAGUUAGAAAAAACAAUUCAGAACUUGGAAAAUCAAUUGGAUCAACAGCAAAAGUUGUCUGAUAUGUACAGAGAUCAAGUUAUCCAACUAGAAGAGGAACUAAUGCGAGUACGUGAGGAAGGCGUUAUGUCCAAGGAUCUGUUCAAAGAGCAAGCGCAUAAACUGCAUGAACGUCGUAGACGUCAAUUAGAAAUGGAAGGUUAUCGCACGGAUAUUAGUGUAUUGCGCAAAAAAUUAAAAGAGGUUGAACGACAGUUAUUAAAGUUAACUCUGGGCUUAACUGAUGGAAUCAAUCUACCAGAACCGAUUAAUACGAACAAUAAGGAUAUUGAUUUAACUCUAUUGAAACAAGUAAAAGCGUCUACAACACGAUCUAAUCAAAUAUUAAAUGAGUUGAAAACUCUCAAAUUGAAAAUGUAUUCACUGGAAGAUGAAUUACGUAAAAUUUAA